AUGGCGUCUCUUGAGGAACUGGACGAUCUCGAGCGUCGCGACCGUGACGACAAGGAUAAGAAGGAUGGCAAAGAUGGCAAGGGCGAUGGCAACGACAAGCCUUCGGGCGACGGCGAUGCUGAGAUGAAGGAUGCAGAGGAGGAAAACGUUGUCGAUGACGAGAUCCUCUCGCUCAACACCCAAGACAUCCUGAACCGCAGGCGACUCCUCGAAAACGAUGCCAGAAUCAUGAAGUCCGAGUUCCAACGAUUACAACACGAGAAGGCCACGAUGAACGAGAAGAUCAAGGAGAACCGGGAGAAGAUCCAGAACAACAGGCAGCUCCCCUAUCUGGUCGGCAACGUGGUUGAGCUGCUCGACCUCGAUCCCACGGCAGAGUCGUCGGAGGAGGGUGCCAACAUCGAUCUUGAUGCCACGAGGGUUGGGAAGUCCGCUGUCAUCAAGACUUCGACAAGACAAACAAUCUUCCUGCCACUGAUCGGGCUGGUAGACCCCGAGGAUCUGAAGCCUGGCGAUCUCAUCGGCGUCAACAAGGACUCCUAUCUCAUUCUCGACACUCUGCCUGCCGAAUACGACUCCCGAGUCAAGGCCAUGGAGGUCGACGAGAAGCCAACUGAGAAGUACAGCGACGUCGGUGGAUUGGACAAGCAAAUAGAGGAACUCGUGGAGGCCAUCGUCUGGCCCAUGAAGGAGGCGGAGCGAUUCAAGAAGAUUGGUAUCAAGGCACCAAAAGGCGCUUUGAUGUACGGGCCCCCCGGGACUGGAAAGACGCUACUAGCGCGGGCCUGCGCUGCCCAGACCGACGCGACAUUCCUCAAGCUUGCUGGUCCACAGCUGGUCCAGAUGUUCAUUGGCGACGGUGCUAAGCUCGUCCGGGACUGCUUUGCCCUGGCCAAGGAGAAGGCUCCGUCCAUCAUUUUCAUCGACGAGCUUGACGCUGUCGGCACGAAGCGCUUCGACUCGGAAAAGUCCGGCGACCGAGAAGUGCAACGAACCAUGCUCGAGCUCCUCAACCAGCUCGAUGGCUUUGCUUCAGAUGACCGCAUCAAGGUCCUCGCGGCAACGAACCGCGUGGACGUUCUCGAUCCCGCGUUGCUGCGUUCCGGUCGCCUGGAUCGCAAGAUCGAGUUUCCACUGCCCAACGAGGAGGCCCGUGCCCAGAUUCUGAAGAUCCACAGCCGCAAGAUGACAGUAGAUAGCGCUGUCAACUGGGGCGAGCUGGCACGCAGCACGGAUGAAUUUGGCGGUGCCAUGUUGAAGGCCGUGUGCGUUGAGGCUGGCAUGAUUGCGCUACGGAUGGGCAAGAACAAGAUUAGCCACGAGCAUUACGUCGACGCCAUCGCUGAGGUGCAGUCCAAGAAGAAGGAGACCGUCAACUUCUACGCCUAG